GGCUUUCCUCAGGGACGUUACAACUCGCCGAGGUUGGCGGCGGCGCCAUUUUGAAUUGGCUGAGGGUCGGAGGCGGUGGUUGCUGAACCGGGUUCCGCGUCCCCCAAGAAGACCAGCGAGAAAGGAGCGAGUUCUGAAUAUGGCAGCGAAUAGGAACUUGAAGCAAGUGCGGAUCGAGAAUAGCUCUCCGGCGGCGCCGCUGGGCAUGGUGGGGGGCGGUGGCGGCAACCUGAAGGGAUUGCGGGGCCUAGAGUCGGAGAGUGAGGCAGCGGCGGCCAUGGCGCUAGUGCCGAGCAAAGAAGGUGGAGAUGAAGAGCAGGAGGUUGGGUUCACCAUCGAUAUAAAAAGCUUUCUCAAACCUGGCGAGAAGAGCUACACGCAGCGCUGCCGGCUGUUCGUGGGGAAUCUGCCUACUGAUAUCACCGAGGAAGAUUUCAAGCGCCUCUUCGAGCGCUACGGGGAGCCUAGCGAAGUCUUCAUCAAUCGGGACCGUGGCUUUGGCUUCAUUCGCCUGGAAUCUAGGACACUGGCUGAAAUAGCAAAGGCAGAACUUGAUGGUACUAUUUUGAAGAGCAGACCACUUCGAAUUCGAUUUGCUACACAUGGAGCUGCCCUAACUGUCAAGAAUCUUUCACCUGUGGUUUCUAAUGAGCUGCUGGAACAAGCAUUCUCUCAGUUUGGGCCAGUGGAAAGAGCUGUUGUUGUAGUAGAUGAUCGUGGCAGAGCUACAGGAAAAGGUUUCGUAGAGUUUGCAGCAAAACCUCCAGCACGGAAAGCUCUAGAAAGAUGCAGUGAUGGGGCAUUCUUGCUAACAACAACACCUCGACCUGUUGUUGUAGAACCAAUGGAGCAAUUUGAUGAUGAAGAUGGGCUCCCAGAGAAGCUAAUGCAAAAAACACAACAGUAUCACAAGGAAAGAGAACAGCCACCACGCUUUGCUCAACCUGGAACAUUUGAGUUUGAGUACGCUUCACGGUGGAAGGCUCUUGAUGAGAUGGAAAAGCAACAGCGUGAACAGGUUGACAGGAACAUUAGAGAAGCCAAAGAGAAACUAGAGGCAGAAAUGGAAGCAGCUAGACAUGAGCAUCAGCUAAUGCUGAUGAGGCAAGAUCUCAUGCGCCGUCAAGAAGAACUGAGGCGUUUGGAAGAACUUAGAAAUCAAGAACUUCAAAAACGCAAGCAGAUACAAUUGAGACACGAAGAAGAACAUCGGCGUCGUGAAGAAGAGAUGCUACGCCAGAGGGAACAGGAGGAAUUACGACGACAGCAGGAGGGAGGAUUUAAGCCAAAUUUCAUGGACAAUACAGGUCUGCCCUGCAAGACCCGAGGCAAUCGGGCUGCUUCAAGUGAUGGGAAGGGGACCCGCAUGGAGGUGGUGUGUCCCGCACCAGCACCCUGGAUUCAAAAAGACACAUCAGAAGAAUCUGAAUACACUGUCUGCUUCCGAGGUUCAAGAUGCCUUCUCCAAUAUGAGGAGAUGAGUUACAGCUUUUGUGAUGUUACGGUCUUCAUUUUCAGCCUCUGGCAGAGGAGGUGGUACCCAGCAUUAAGCAAAGUCGAGUGUUUCAUAGUAAGGCUGACGUUAGCCAACUUAGAUGUGUAACUGAGGUCUUGACUUCCUUUUUAUCUAGACUGUACCAGAAGAUUUUCUUUCCAGAAAUACUAGUGCUGGGAAAUGGUGUUGAUAAAAGGAUUACAGUUUGUACAUGCUACAAUAGGAAUCAAGAGUAUAUGAUACAUUAAAAGACUGCUCCUUGGUAAAAUGAUUGGGUUUGGACUAAAAAAAGCCUUUAGAGUUAAAUGAAAUGAGUAAGGAAUUAUUUUCAAGCACUAAAAUAUGUGACAAAAGAUAGGAAAGUGGUGGGCUUUAUAUUUAAAGAAAAAACAAUAGUGUGGAUUGUGUUUAAGUUGCAGUAGUUUAAAAGAGCACAGAAGUAUUAGUUACCUAGAGAAAAUGGUGUAAGCCAGCAACAGCUGAAAAGGACUGGAAGGAAAUGUUAACCAAUGGGGAGAUUAAAGCUGCAGUAAGAUUCACUGUCCAUGCAGUUAAGUUUGAAUUGGAAUUUAUGAUAAAAAUGCCUGCUGUCUUAAUGUAGCCCAAUAAAAAGAUGAAAAACAAAAACCAUGAAUGAAAUUGAUAAUGAAAAAUGAAUUUUGAUGUGAUGCAGUUUUAACACUGGACUGUAACAUACCACCCUUUUUUUUUUUGGUAGGGUUUCUGUAUCUGUUAUAAAACUGUUUCAGAUUAAUCAAUGAAUAACAGGAUGUUUAUUUUCUAUUUUCUGAAUUGACAAGGCAGUGAACAUGAAUCGAGGGCCUGACGGGAACCUCACCGAGUUCAAAAAAGGCAAAUGUAACGUCCUACACUGGGUACUGAAUUAACAUGAUGCAGUUGUGCAGCCUGGGCACAGACUGGUUGUGAAGCAGCUUUCCAGAAGCUGAUCUGGGAGUCCUGAGGAACAAGUGAGGAUGAACGUGUCCAACCACAUUCUGGGCUCCAUUAGAAGAGCGCAGCUGAGCAGGGACAAGGAAAGCAAUCUUUCUUCUCUGCUCAGUGCUUCUGCGACUGCAGCUGGAGUGCUGUGACCAGUUCGGGGCUCCUGAAGACAAGAUGGGAACAAGUCCAGUGGAGGCCAGCACGGUGAUCAGGAGGUUAGAGCACAGGAGCCACGGGGAUAGGCAGUGGGGUUUGUUCAGUCGGGAAAACAGGAGGUUGAGGGGUAGUAAGUCCUACUUCAGCUGUGUAAUGGAAGGGGCGGGAGGCUCAUGGUGGUGCAUAAUAGUGAGGUAGUCUUGUGUAAUUUUCAGUGUAUGUAAGUGCUGUAUCAUACCACUAAUAAAAAUAGUGCAAGUCA